AUGUUCCUUUCAAUUUUUCUAUCUAUCUAUCUAUUUUAUCUAUUCAUAUCUAUCUCAUUCCUUUCAUAUCUAUCUAUCUAUCUAUCUAUCUAUAGCAAUGUGUUCACAUCUAUCUAUCUCAGUCUGUUCCUAUCUAUCUAUUUCACUAGCUAUCGGUCUCUCUGUCUGUCUGUCUGUCUAUCUAUCUAUCUAUCAUCGAAAUACACAUAUGCCAAUAGUAGCCAAGUCACAGGGGUUCCUCGGGGGAACAACCAUUCAUCUAUAAACAUCUAUCUAUCUAUCUAUCUAUCUAUCUAUCUAUCUAUCUAUCUAUCUAUGAAUCUCAUACGUUCAUAUCUAUCUAUCUAUCUAUCUAUCUAUCUAUCUAUCUAUCUAGUUUGUUUCUAUCUAUCUAUCUAUCUAUCUAUCUAUCUAUCUAGUCUGUUCAUAUCUAUCUAUCUAUUUAAUUUAGUCUUUUCAUUAUCUAUCUAUCUAUCUAUCUCAAUUAGUCUGUUCCUAUCUAUCUAUCUAUCAAUCUAUCUAGUUUGUUCAUUAUCUAUCUAUCUAUCUAUAAGCCGAGACAAGUGCAUCGACGGAUGGGCCUACUGCAUUUUUCACCAGGGUUGCAUCACAGAUCAAUCAAUAUCUAUUGUUCGAUCGUCGGAAUUAAUCCAGUUUCCCCUUAUCUCUCUCUCUAACUCUCUCUCUAUCUAUCUAUCUCACCAUCUAUCUCUCUCUACCUACAUAUCUAUCUACCUACCAAUCUCUCUCUGUCUCUCUUUUUCUCUUCUGUUCAUAUCUAUCUAUCUAUCUAUCUAUCUAUCUAUCUAUCUCAGUCUGUUAAUAUUUAUCUAUCUCCGCAUCUCUAUUGUAAACCUUACUUUUUUGCCACCUAUUCCCUUUUCCUCCUCCCAUUUUCCCACCCUCUCUCUCUCUCUCUCUCUCUCCUCGCCCAUCAUCACUCUCCCUCCGUACGUUAUUCCUUCUCCCCUUUUCUCUUCCGUCCUCCUCUUAACCGGUUCCCGCUUGAUCACGUUCUCCCCGCGCCCUUCAUCUGAUUUCGAUGGAGUCAGCUUAUUUACUACAAGACUUUCCACUCGAUUCAUGUCCAUCUAUCUAUCUAUCUAUCUAUCUAUCUAUCUAUCUAUCUUAGUAUGGUUAUAUCUAUUUAACUAUCUAUCUAUCUCAGUCUGGGAUCUAUCUAUCUAUCUAUCUAUCUAUCUAUCUAUCUAUCUAUCUAUCUAUCUAUCUAUCUAA